GCGGAACUACGUUAUGGCAAACACAACGGCAGUCUUCCAGAACAGCUACCAAACAAAACAUGUCCGCACUAACCUUUUGAAAAAGAGGUUCCAUGCGUUCAUUCCUACUGAGGGGCAGGACGAUGCUCUCGAUCAAGCAAUCCGCAGCAUGUCGUUGAAGAGGGACCCGGACGCUCCUAUCGACCCUACGCCAGAGGAUUUAUAAAAGUUUGAAAGGCGCAGCGAUAUAUCCGCGCUCCGCUCACGUAUAGAAGCUACCAAAGGAAACAAAAACGAGUGGAAUCAGCUUCGAAUAAAGGUCCGCCACUUGAUCCGGCGUUUGUCAGACAU